CGACUAGCGGCGACCACAAAAACGUGUUCAAGAUGGCGGCGUCGUUGAGGAAACAGACCGAGACUGAUGUACAAGUAACGGCUGAGGACCAGGAGAUGAUCAACAAUUUUGCCAGACAAAAUGCCAGACUUGAAGAUGCAACAGAAGAGAUGAAACAACUAGAGAAGGAGUUGCGCAACUUGGAAGACGCUGCGGAUGAAAUUAUGAUGGCUGAAGAUGAUGUCCACAUACCGUACCAGCUGGGAGAUGUAUUUGUCAGCCUGGACUCCGAGGAGACUCAACAAAUGAUUGAGCGAGCAAAGGAGCAGAACAAAGCACGGAACAAAGUUCUUGAAGAUGAGACUCGCAUCAUUAAGGGCAUCAUGGCCGAGCUGAAGUCACAGCUGUACAACAAGUUUGGAAACAACAUCAACCUGGAAGCUGAUGACAGCUAGCCUACCUUGCCAUGUGUAUGCAUACACACAUCUAACUUAACAAGAAGCUUUUCUUUUUUUUAUCAGUUAGCCUUUUGGAGUGUUGCUCUUAAACUGCUUGAAAGAGAUGUGCUGCUUUGAAUAAAACACAAGUGUUUGCUGAUUACCAACAUUACACUGAAGACUGCAUUGUUGCAGUCCAUGAAAAUGGUAACAAAUACAAUAAACA